UGCUUUCAGAAAUAUUAUACACGUUUUUAGGGACGUAUUAUUUACAUCCUUUAGCUGCAAGUUAUGGCGUUCUGGAGCUCUGAAUAGCUUUCGUGUGUUAAAAAAGCAUUGGAAACGUUUCAUGUGCUUGCACGUAAAACUGCGGUUUGUCGUCUGUUUAUAAAUGAAUUAAAUGGUGGUCUUGGGAUUUUGGCCUUUUAACUACUGUUUUGUUUUUAAGAAUUGCGCUUUUCAGUAUGUCAGAUUUUUUUUUCCAUUAAUCCCCCUCUCACGUCAGUUUUUUUAACUUUAAGAAAUGACUUACGAAUCUGUUGAUCCAAUUAAAACCCGCUUCCAUGCAAGUCUAUACUAGAUGGAUUAUUGCGUUCACAGGUCUGCUGUGUCCUCUGUGUGAGGCGAUUCCUAUUCUCUUAGAAACCUGUCAAUGGGCUUGUCUUCUAAUUUUGAACAGAAAAAUGUACCAAGGAAAAGUUUUGCAAUAAGUGCGAAGUUGAUUUUUGGCAUGGAGAUAGUACCUUUAAAUCGUAUUCGAAUGUUGCAUGAUUAAUCUGGCGAAUUUCUGUCGAGUUUAAGUGUUUUUUGGCGUGUUAUUGUUUUUAGUGUUUAUUGCAAUCUCCCCUGACACUAUUCCCACAGCAGAGAAUGUUUGUAUAAAUAAUGUAUUUCACAUCACACGAAUAAAGGAACGGGCAGAAUAUGAGCGAUUCGGGUGCAAAAGGCAACCAGUCUCUGUCACAGAAAGACAAGGAUGGAACAGAGAAGAGAGGGAGAGGAAGACCUAGAAAGCAGCCACAGCUAAAGAGCCUUGAAGAGCCCAGUGGAUCCCCAUCUCCAAAGCGACCCCGGGGAAGACCAAAGGGCAGCAAAAACAAGACCACGGGCAAGAGCAAAAAAUCAACAGCCUCUGCUGGGGGGAAGCGCAGAGGAAGACCCAAGAAAGCGGAGAAAGAGGAGGAACAGGGUUCCCAGGAGUCUUCUGAAGAGGAAGAGGAGCAGUAAACCGUUGGCAACCCACACUACCUCAUAACUCAACUUACUGACUUCCUGUCAACAAGAGCUGGACUGAAACUUCAAUACAAACGUCGUCGCUCCCCCCACCUCGCUCACCGCGCCCUUCCCCACCGGCUGCUUGGCUGCUCUCCCCUCUGCAGUCUCCUGUCCGAAUGGGAGUCCGACGCAUUUCACCCUCGCUCUCCACAACAGCACUGGAAAACAGACAUUGUGAGAUAUAUAUAUAUAACAAACUGGCGACUUCCCGUUUAGUUUCAUAAUGGGUUUUUGGCAAUUACAGUGGUCUUUUAUACUGGACAAAGGUGAAUUUAUGUUGCCUACAACUGUUUUUAUUGUUUUUUUUUGUGUGAAGUGGUAAUUCACAAGGAAACAAUCUGGUCUCCCUCGCACCCAUUACAAGGCUUGAGGGUUCGUGGUUUGCAGACAGUUGGAUGUAUUUUAGUAGAUACUUCAGCCAUCUUUUACAUGGUAUAAUGCUAAAGGUUUUCGUUUUUUGUUCCUAAACUGAUGUCAAUUUGUAGGGUUUUUCAAUAUCAUGUCACUUCAGCGAUUAUCCCCCCCCCCCACUUUUUCAACCCUGUGCUCUGUCAGAAGCGUGCCGGAAUCGAAAAGCGAGUGUUCUUUGGGGUGUAUGAAUUGUCAGAGGGGUCCUCCAGGGGGCUGUCGAUUAGAUUUGGGUGGCCAGGGGAGGUACUGUAGGCUGCAUAUAUGGAGAUAUUCAUGAGGUUUUAGACAUGUUGGUUUUUAUUUUAAUAUCAGAUAGACUGAAUUAAAGAGAAUAGAUGUGCUGUCUUUGGGAACUGGAGUCUUUCUUGGGAUCAUGCUUGCUUGUUCUCCAGUUUCAAAGGAUACUGACCAGACCUGACCCCCCCCUCCACACACACACACACACACACA